AUGAUCGGUGUACCGCCUACUACCUUAGCCACGCCCCAGUUCCAAGCCACACCCACCCUGUUCUACGCCUCACCAGGAAGCUGCGAGGAAAAGAAGCGAAAGCGGCAUCGGGGCAGUGACCUGUCUUAUCAGGCUCUGGAGCCCUGGCCAGUCCCCAGCUCAGAGGUCCUCCUGGACCCUCCGCUCUUCCUGGGACUUCCUGCGUCUGCAGAGAACCUCGCUGGAUCAUGGCGGGUCUCGGUGGUGAGAGUGCCAGGGCUGGAACCUAGCAAGGCCACUGUUGUACCACGCAGCCGCACCUCAGCCCUGUUCCUAACUUUCGGGUUUGAGAUUGUUGUGCUGUUGGUCCUGCCGCCACCCCUGGUGCCUGUGGUACCCCUGAGUCUCGUGGGCAGUGCCAAUAACCCCAGCAGGAGAGAAGACAGUCUGAGACUGCAGGGACCCCCAGCCUCUCCCAUGCCCGCAGGGAACCCUGCUGCCCCCACCAAACCAGCAGGUCCCUGGCGUGACUGUGCAGAGGCCCACGAGGCCGGACACAGGCAGAGCAGAGUGUACGAGCUCCGGCCGGGCCGCCAAGGGUUUGCAGCCUGGUGUGAGCAGCAGCUGGAGGGUGGCGGGUGGACGGUGAUCCAGCGCAGGCAAGAUGGCUCCGUCAACUUCUUCACUACCUGGCAGCAAUACAAGGUGGGCUUUGGGCGGCCUGAUGGGGAAUACUGGCUGGGCCUCGAACCCAUCUAUCAGCUGACCAGCCGCGGGGACCACGAGCUCCUGGUGCUGCUGGAGGACUGGGGGGGGCGUGGGGCUCGCGCCCACUACGACAGCUUCUCCCUGGAACCCGAGAGCGACCACUACCGCCUGCGGCUGGGCCAGUACCGGGGCGAUGCCGGAGACUCGCUUUCCUGGCACAAUGACAAACCCUUCAGCACCGUGGAUAGGGACCGAGACUCCUAUUCUGGUAACUGCGCCCUGUACCAGCGCGGGGGCUGGUGGUACCACGCGUGCGCUCACUCCAACCUCAACGGCGUGUGGCACCGGGGCGGCCACUACCGGAGCCGCUACCAGGACGGGGUGUACUGGGCCGAGUUCCGCGGAGGGGCGUACUCGCUCCGCAAGGCCGCCAUGCUCAUCCGGCCUGUCGGGCCGUGACGCCGUGUUCUGGGGGGGGACUGUGUGUGUGGCGGGGGGACACGUCCCCCUCCAUCCUGACCA